AUGAAGAUGCCCAUGUUUUUCACUAUUCUUUCCAGUAUAUGUUUGGUUCACAUUAGUAUUGUACUUUCAUCCGCGAUCGGCGUGCCAAGAACAGCUAUCACGACAACAAACACCCCUUCAACUACUACGACAACAAACACUCCUUCAACCACUACGACAACAAACACCCCUUCAACUACUACGACAACAAACACCCCUUCGACUACUACGACAACAAACACUCCUUCAACCACUACGACAACAAACACUCCUUCAACUACUACGACAACAACUACUUCUAGCACAAGAACGCUCCCAACAACUCCCUAUCUUCCUUCGUUUAAUAAAAUCAUCAUUUUAUUGGCACGAUAUGUUCAUCUGCAAACAACACCAUCUCCGAGUGAUUAUGAAGCAGCAAUCACCUGUGAUGAUCCUAGUAUCCUUCCCUAUGUUUGGACGAAUGUCACCGCUGACUCAGCACUCGUCGUCUCAGCUACAACCGAUUGCGACGUCACGGUUCGUGCAUUUACUUAUCAAGAGAUACAAAUCGAGAGCGUAUCAAAAUUAGAUAUGACAUCCUAUUCAUACAAAGGAUCUCAGUUAAAACUGAUAAGUAUGGGAAAUUCGGAGAUUAAAAUUGCGAAUAUUGGCUAUGAUUCGGGCGAGUUUACAUUUUUGGGCAAUAGUACAGUGACCUUAAGCGGUAGCGUUGGUAAAUUAAAUGUCAUCAGCCGAGGUAAAGGAACAAUUGAUGCAAGGAGCAUAACAACACCAAAUGUUGACGCAACUCUAACAGGUAGCGGUUCACUUCAAGUGAAAUCAACAACUAACAUGAAUCUAACGGUAAAUGGUACGGGAAAUGUUACGUGGUGUUCACCGAAUGUACAAAUAGCUGUGACACCCGAUAUAUAUCGAAAAAAAAGUAUUGUUUAUCAAUGCUAA